AUGAGAACAUUAUACCUGGUUUGUGGACCAGACAAUAGUUUAUUCAGUGUUGCAGGUAUUGAUUUAUCUUCAACAAUUCGUUUUGGAAUGUCAGUGGAGGAAGUGCAAGGCAUGAUUUGUGACGUUUUAUGCCAAAUAGUGAUAUUAGAAUCGAAGAACAUGAUUCAUAACGAUGUGAAACCUCAAAACAUUGUUAAGUAUGACAAUCAUUACUAUUUGAUCGAUUUUGAAAUUUCUGAAACCUAUGAUGAACGUAUUGAAACGGAUACGCGUUAUGAAUGCAAACGUGGUGAUAAAGAGUUGACCUGUAAAUCCUAUUCUAAAGGCUAUCAUGCACCAGAAAGAGAAAAAGAGAACAAAAUCUCUCCAAAAAGUGAUGUCUAUUCUUUGGGACUUGUUGUUUUAGAAUGCUUAAAGUUGAACAAAGUUGAUUGUCGCAACAAAUCAAAGAUUGAAGAAUGUUUGAAACGACAAGAAUAA